AUGAUUUGUGUGAGACAUCACACUUUUUUAAACUAAAAAUAUGGAAUCUUUUAUUUAGACAAUCUCUUAAUGAUUGGAAAAGUAUAUAUCUAUUUAAAUCUUAGUCAUAAAGAAAUCCAAAAUAUCUUAUUCCUUAAAAUAUUGAAAAAGUUAUUAUUUGGUGUAUCAAUGAUAAUCAAUAAUUAUAAGGAUUUGAAAUAUUUGUCAAUGGAAAGAAGAAAUGGUUUGAUAUGUCUCACCAUCAAACUAAGUAAUUGAUGCAAAUUUUGAAAGGAAAAUUUCUUUACAAAAAUAUGUUUUCAUUUUAUCAAUUUUAAUACAUUAUAGGAGUGGGAAACUUUAGUAAAGUAAAAUUUUAAUAUUCAUAUUAGGUAAUCAAAGUAUUCAACAUUAUAGAAAAAGAGUUCUAUGCUUGUAAAGUACUUAAGUUAGCUUAAUUUGAUGUAUCCAAUAUAUUUUAUAUGAAUUCAUAGGAUUUUAAAAACGAACUUUCUAUACUUCUAUCUUUAGAUCAUCCAAAUAUCAUCAAAGUCAAAGAAGUUUAUCUUGAAGACAAGUAGAUUUGGUUAAUUACAGAAUUAAUAGAAGGAGGAACUCUAAAAGAAUAUUUAUAGAAAAUAAUUGAAAUAACUCAAUUUGAAGUUUAUAUAAUUAUGAAAGUAAUAAAAUUAAUUAAUUAAUUUUAGCAAAUAUUAAAUAUUGUUUAAUAUUUACAUUCCAAAGGAUAUAUCCAUAGAGAUAUCAAACCAGAAAAUAUAUUAUUAAGUUAAUAUCAUGAUCCAUCCAAAUUAUACAUCAUAGAUUUUGGAUUGACAGCAAAAAAAGAGGAUGUUGCUAUUAGAUACCCAAAUUGUGGUACUCCUGGUUAUAUUGCACCUGAAGUUAUUAAUUUCGAUCCUAAUCACCCAUAUGAUGAAUAAAGUGAUAUAUUUAGUUGUGGAGUCUUAUUACAUAAAAUGUAUUCAUUUUCUUAUAAUUUUUUAGAUUAUAUGGGAUAGAUCUAUUUGAUGGAUCUUUUUAUAGUGAAGUCUACUACUAGAAUCAAUAAUUUCGUUUAGAAUAAGAAUAAUUCGAAAAUAAUAAGUUUGAACCGCUCCUCAAAGGAAUGUUGAGAGAGAAUCCAAGCACUCGAUUAACUGCUACUCAAGCUUUGGAAAUGUUAGAAUAAAUAUUUGUAACCAAAAAUGAAGAUUACAAAGUGAAUGAUACAGAUUCUGGAAUUCAAUAACUUAAGACACUCUCUAUUUAAACAAUGAAAAGACUUGAGAAUUGA